GGAGGCGGCGGGACAAUUAAAGCUGCUGAUCUCUGAAGGGAAGGGGAGGAGGGAUUUGGGCUGACGGACGGGGGUGUCAGUUUUCGUUUUGAUCCCCGAAACGAGGUGCCGCCGCUGCAAGGGCUACUUGAGAGCGAGCCCUGAGCAUUCUGCUCUCUCUCUGGAUCAGACGGACCAGAGGACGCACUUCUGUGCUUCACUGCACUUCACAGUGGAUAUAUGCACCUGCCUGUUUUUUACUCAACCCAGAGAAAACUUUUCCUCUCUUCUUUUAUCUUUUUCUAGACUGAUGUCAGUGAUUUGUCAACACCACCUUUAAGCCUAUGUAAUGAACAACUCUGAGAGUUUUUUUAUGUCCUUUUUGAAAGUUCCCCUCCAUUGAUAUACUUCAGGACUGCUGGAAUUCAAACCAACUGUGGAAUUUAUCAUUCAACCUUUGAGGACCUGAAUUGCAUUUUGGAUGUGCUUUUUCCAGGAGUGUAAGCCAAGGGAACCUUUUCAGAUUUAGGAAAAAAGCGAACGUUCAAUUUAAAGCAGCUGCCCUUGGUGCUCAGUCUCGGCAGCCGUUGGUCUGACGGGUUCCCUGAGGAGGACAGCGGUGCCUGAGUGCGCUGGAAGAUGAAGAGGAGCGUAGCGGUGCUGUGUGCAGCCGUCAUGCUGCUGCUGCUGUGCUGUGCGCUAGCAUGCGCUGCCGGCACGGGCUCCAAAACUGCGCUGGCGGGCCCCGGAGCCGCGAGGGCCCAGGGAGGGCAAGGCAGGGGCCCCAUGCCACGACGAAGAGAGGAGGAGCCACGCGAGGGUCGGAGAGAAGAGGGGCUCAUGGAUGAUCCCAAUGUAGAAGGAGGUGCAGUCAAGCCCAAACCAAAGGUCAAGAAGUCCCCAGAGGAGGUGUUAGCAGCCAAAGCCAAGAAAGCAGCCGAGAAGGAGGCCAAGGCUAAGAAGCAGAAGGCCCCCAAGCCCACAAAGAAACCAAAGCCACCAAAGCCGACCAAAAAACCCAAGCCACCAAAACCAACCAAGAAGCCCAAGGCCCCCAAGACCACCAAGGCAACCAAGAAGGUGACUGAGCAACCAGAGGAGGCUGAGGUGACCAAGCAACCAAAGGAGGACAAUCAGCCCAAGAAGAGACCCCUGACCAGACAGACUAGCCUGGAGGAGGAGGAGGAGCGGCUUCUAAUCGAGCUGGGCUGGGACAAGCUGAUCCCCACAGUUGCACAAAAAGAACCAGAGGAGAAACCCGUUUAUCCAGAGAAACCAUUUCACUCAGAGCCAGUGGAGCCAACACAACCAGGGACUGUGACCAAGAAGCUGAAAUCUGAAGAGGAACGUGACUACUGGGAUGCAAAAUAUGAAGUGCCAGAACCCUUCCCUGAUUACAAGGAGGCCUUCCCCACAGAGAAGUGGCACCACCCUGCCCCAGAGGGGACAACAGCUCCACCCUAUAUUGGCCCAUGGUAUGACGAAUAUGAUUAUGGUGACAUCACUGAAAAGAAGCUUGAAGAAGAGAGAGAACGGGCAAGAAAAGAGAAAGAGGAAAGAGCUGAGAAACAAAAGAAGAUGUGGGAGGAGGAAGAGAAAGCCAGAGAGAAACAGACCCCAGUCUUUACAGAGCCAAAGAAGUGCCCCCCUCUUGGAAUGGAGUCCCACCGUGUGGAGAACGACCAGCUCCUAGCCUCCUCCAUGUCCCACCAUGGCCUCAGCCCACAGAGAGGACGCCUGAAUAUGCAGGGUUCGGACAAGGAAGACGACAUAUAUGGGGGAGCCUGGUGUGCGGAGACUGAGGAGAAGGACCACUGGUUCGAAGUGGAUGCCCGACGGGAGGUGCAGUUCACUGGGGUCAUUACCCAGGGCAGGGACUCCCAAAUACAUGAUGAUUUCGUCACCUCCUACUUUGUGGCCUUCAGCAACGACAGUCGUGACUGGACAGUUCUCCAUGAUGGAUAUGCUGAGUGGCUCUUUUUUGGUAAUGUGGACAAGGACACGCCCGUGAUGUCCCAGCUUGCGGAGCCAGUGGUGGCGCGCUAUAUGCGCGUCCUGCCGCAGAGCUGGAACGGCAGCCUGUGCAUGCGGCUGGAGUUCAUGGCCUGUCAGCUGCCCAGCUUCUUUCAGACUGAAAAUGAGGUCACGCCCAUCGAUGAUUUAGACUUCAGGCACCACAACUACAAGGAGAUGAGACAGCUGAUGAAAGUGAUCAACGAGGAGUGUCCCAACAUCACCAGAAUUUACAACAUUGGCAAGAGCUUCCAGGGGCUGAAGAUCUAUGCCAUGGAAAUCUCUGACAACCCAGGAGAGCAUGAGACAGGCGAGCCUGAGUUCCGCUACACAGCCGGUCUCCAUGGGAACGAGGCCUUGGGGCGGGAGCUGCUGUUGUUGCUCAUGCAGUUCCUGUGUAAGGAGUACAAGGACGGCAAUCCCAGAGUGCGCCGCCUGGUGAACGGAGUGCGCAUCCACCUGGUUCCCUCGCUCAACCCUGACGCCUACGAGCUGGCCUACGAGAUGGGUUCUGAAUUGGGGAACUGGGCCUUAGGCCACUGGACAGAAGAAGGAUACGACAUCUUCCAGAACUUUCCUGACCUCAACAGCAUCCUUUGGGGGGCAGAGGACAGAGGCUGGGUGCCACGCAUUGUCCCCAAUCACCACAUUCCCAUCCCAGAGAACUUCCUGUCACUAAACAGCUCGGUUGCUGUUGAGACCAGAGCCAUCAUUACCUGGAUGGAGAGGAACCCCUUUGUCCUUGGGGCCAACUUGCAGGGGGGGGAGAAGGUGGUGGCAUACCCCUUUGACAUGCAGCGUCCACCUAGGGCCGUGGUGGACACCCGGGGGGGGCGGCGCCGGGGCCGCCAGGAGGAGUAUGAAUUAAACGAGGAGACGUGGGCACGGAUCCAGUGGCAAAACCAGGGCGAGCUGCGGGAGACGCCUGAUGAGGCCAUGUUCCGCUGGCUGGCCACGUCCUACGCCUUCAGCCACCUCACCAUGACCGAGACCUACCGUGGAGCCUGCCACACUGAUGACAUCACUGGCGGCCAGGGCAUCAUCAACCGUGCCAGUUGGAAGCCUGUUGUGGGCAGCAUGAAUGACUUCAGUUACCUGCACACCAACUGCUUCGAGCUGUCCAUCUUUGUCGGCUGUGACAAGUUCCCGCACGAGAGUGAGCUGGCACUGGAGUGGGAGAACAACCGGGAGGCCCUGCUAGGCUUCAUAGAGCAGGUGCAUCGUGGGAUCAAAGGUGUGGUGAAGGACAUUGAUGGGAACCCCAUUGCCAACGCCACUGUGGCUGUGGAAGGGAUCAGGCAUGACGUCAAAACAGCUGCUGCAGGGGAUUACUGGCGUCUGCUGAACCCUGGGGAGUACCGGGUGACGGUGCGGGCAGAGGGCUACAUGCCCCAGACCCGGCUGUGCAUGGUGGGCUACGAGGCAGGGGCCACGCCCUGCAGCUUCUCCCUGACCAGGUCUAACUGGGACCGGAUACGGCAGAUCAUGGCUAUCAGCGGGAAGAAACCGAUCCUAGUGAAUCCCCAGAACCAUGGCGACGGAAGCACCAGCACCAGCACCAGCACAGGAAACGGUAACGGCAAGGCUAACGGCAACGGGGUCAGGACAGUCGGAAGCGGGCUCAGUCCCCGCCAGGCCCGGCUUCGCCGCCUGAGAAUCAUGCGUCUUCGGCAGCAGCGGCUGAGAGCCAACCUCACCACGACUCCACCCACGACCACCAUCACUACGAUGACCACCACCACCACACCCCUCCCCACCACCACACCCGAACCACUGCCUGAAAUCACCACCUCCUGGUAUGAUUCCUGGUUCCCCGUGGAGGACACCCUCACUGAAGCAGAACCCACGCAAGAAUACAACUUUGAGAUCAACUUAGAGGAUUAUGACUAGGUUCUCUAGUAAAACAGCACGCAUUCACAUAGAUCAGUGAGUCUCAAAAUGGCCACCUGAAAAGUCUUGUAAGGUGUCCUGCAUCCACAUCUUUGAGCUAAAUACAACCCUUUUCCUGUCUGUCCACACACAUGCGAGCACAAAGUCCCUUUAAAGAGCUCAUAGGUGCAACUCUCUUUCUGCUGCGCAGAAUAGCGGUCAUGUACUUCCGGCGGUUUUAGACGGAGGCAAAAGUCCGCCUCUGAAGGAUAUAAGGGAAGCGGACUUUUAAAGGAGUUUAACAGAGGCCUAAUCAAUGAAUGUAGUUCUUACACACAAACACAGCAGAGCUGAUCGCAGGAGACUGGCCUGGAAACAGAUAAAGAGGAACUCUUGAAAUAAAUUUGAAAAUCCCAUUUGAAAUUUUUUAAUUUACUAGUAAACUCAUAGCAGUGCAAACAAACAAAUAAACAAAAAAUCUCUCAUUUAAGUGGAAAUGCAUCACUCAUCUUCAGAUUUCUUUUUUGUUGUAUUUCUUUAGGCAGGAAAUGCUACAAAAGACAACAAUAGAUGUGUUAUUUUAAUAAAUAGAAAAGCAGUCAUUUAUUUUAUUUACCCUUUUUUCUUGCUGUAUUGUUAGCAAAAACUAACAAGGACAGACAUCUCAAAAAGAACACCCUAACACUUGUUUCUCUGCAGUCACAGAUUGGUUACAAUAAAAAAAUUGUGAAAGUUCUGGGAGAGGAAUUUCAUAAUUGAUUGAAUAAAGGCUUGUUUUGCUUUA